AUAUGACUAUGCAAAAAGCAGAGAGCGCCACAUGACACCCUAAUAUGGCGCUGUCGUUCAAAGAGAGAAAAGAGCGGCGCUUAAACGGACCUGACCUCAGUCGCAAAAAGUCAAUCGAUUUGCACAUUCAAGAAUUAGUAGAAUUAAUCAACGAGGAAGAAGUUUAUUGUACCGCAAGCUCGUGUUCCGGGCGUAUUGUUUUGAUAUCUCGAACUGAUACAGAGGAUGGCCAGGUUCAGAAGAAAGGGUGCACUUGGCUCUUAGUGUCGCAUGAUAUAAUUGAUUGGAAUGACGUUGUUGGUCACAUGAGAUGA